AGCCAAAAGGGCGGUUGCAUUUCUACACCACAUUUCCUACCAGAAGCUCAAAAUCACACAAAACUCAAACCAAAAAUCAUCUGACCCAGAAAAACCCCACUUCAGAAAAACCCCUUUUCUACUUUGUGUGCUUUCACAAAAUCUUCAAGCCUUUGACAUAGAGUGCUUCAAGAGCUCAGCAGCUUAUGGUGUCUGUAAACCCAAACCCAGCGCCUCAGGGUUUUUACCUAUUCGAUCCCACCAAUAUGGGCCUCCCGGGACUCAAUUCCAUGCCGCCGCCGACGACGCCUUCUACGACAAGCACCACCAUGUCGUCGGCGGCCCAAAACGCCGCGUCGUUGGCCGAGGAUCAGAGCAAGAAGAUCCGGAAGCCGUAUACUAUUACCAAGUCCAGGGAGAGCUGGACUGACCAGGAACAUGACAAGUUUCUAGAAGCUCUCCAGCUAUUCGACCGGGACUGGAAGAAGAUUGAAGCUUUUGUUGGCUCAAAAACGGUUAUCCAGAUACGUAGCCAUGCACAAAAGUACUUUUUGAAGGUUCAGAAAAAAGGGACAAGCGAGCAUGUACCUCCUCCUCGGCCAAAGAGGAAAGCAACUCAUCCAUAUCCACAAAAAGCUCCUAAAAGUGCUCCAGUAGUAUCUCAAGUCGUUGGACCAUUUGAAUCCUCAUCUGCUUUGCUUGAACAUGGAUAUACCUACCAGCCAGAUUCUUCAUUUGUGCAUAGCACUCCUGUUACUAGUGCAACUUUAUCUUCCUGGAGUCAUAGUUACGUGCCUCCUGUCAACGCGUCACAAAAAACUAAAGAUGAUGGAAGGCUAGCUGGUUCAGCAGAUGCACAGAACUCUUGUUACAGUAGUAGUAACGAAAGCAAACCUACAACUUGGUCAAUGGGUGAGACAUUUGGUCGCGCAUGUCAUCACCAGCCACAGAGAGUUUUGCCGGAUUUCGCUCAGGUGUAUAAAUUCAUCGGCAGUGUAUUUGACCCCGAUUCGACUUGUCAUUUGGAGAGACUGAAACAAAUGGACCCUAUAAAUUUGGAAACAGCACUUUUGUUGAUGCGAAAUCUAUCCAUUAAUUUAAGUAGUCCCGAGUUUGAGAAUCAUAGAAAAUUACUUUUAUCAUAUGCCACGGACUCUGAGAUAGCUAAACCUGAUAACAAUAGCGGCUUUUCUUGCUAUGGUAAAUCAGAGAAUGCCAUCCUGUCUACUUAGAAAUCGGAAGGGGAAUGGUGUGGAACGAUGACGUUCACUAACAGUUAUAGCGCGGAGUCUUUGUAAAUAUCCGGAAUAGGCGGGGCUAUCCAGGGUAGAUUGUUUAUCAUGCAGCUUGUUGAAGAAUCAAUGCCAGUUUUAUGUGCAUACCGUACUUUUAACCAGGUCUUCAAGAAAUGAAGGAUGAUAGAGUCAAUUCAGUGUUUGCUUCGGCUGUAUUAUAUAAAGUUCAUGAGUUAUAUAUUGUACAUUAUCGUCUGUGGGCUGUAUAUAGUUGUUUAGACAUGUUUUGGUUUUGACAUGCUAGUGAAUAAGGAGUUGACGAUAGUGAAUCCGACUCCAGUAGAUACUACAUUUGGGGUACCUUGCAACUGCGUAAAGGAGUUCCCUUUCUCUACUCAUGUUUCCCAAGUCAUUAAGCAUAAUGAGGGGAUCCCCAUUUUUGUUUCUUUAGUGUUUGGGGGUACGUAUUCAUAUUCUUAUGGUUUCCUUCUGAAAGUGGUGAUACUAGAUCACGUCCAUGGUUUAUAAGAAAUUAAGAACAUUUGAGAUCGCAGGGUUUCAACCUUGUUGAGUCCUGUUAAACUGUUGGCGAACAGAAGGUACGUCUGUAUAUGGCCUUUGCCGACAAAACAUCGGUGUUCUUUCCGAUCACCUCCAAGGCUCCAACCAACAAAAGACUCGCAGUAUAUGGCUGGAACGAUGAGUGCAAUUUAAAUUGACAAGCACCAUGAGUGCAAUUUCAUGCAUCUGGCUGGAACGAUGGAUCAUUGCUAAAAGACGGCAAAUGUCGAUGAAUAGAAAUCGGUUCGACAAAGCAAAAAUCAUUUACUAAACGAAGGCAAAUGACCAUUACAACCAUUUUGUUUUAGAUUGGUAAACUCAGAACCCAUGUUGAAAGUGAAACAUGCUUUCAUUACAACGCAAACCUCCUAAAACCAUGUAAACCGAACUCAUCAGUCAGUAAAGCACGACCGGCAGUGAAGACUGAAGAGUAAAUAUUUGUACCAACACAGAGCAGGACCAUGACGACCAACAUUGGCAACCGCAUCAAAGAAAUGCGCUUCCCUCUUCACGAGAUUGACAGAAACUGAAUGAGAACACUGUCCAAUGUUGAGAGUAUCUUGAAUAGCUGGGUUUGAUUGUCCAGGGAGAUCGAAUGCAACCAGUUAUACUAUCAAUUAAAAGCUCUGGAGUGAUCACUUCAACGUCAACUGGUAAAGUUGCCCUAAUGCAAAAUAAACAAGACACAAGGAAUGGCUUGAGCCAUUCAGUGGUGGAACUCAAGUAAACAGUUAGCCGAUUUUAUGGCUCCGGUGCGAUUUAGCGGAGAAGAAGAGAAUUCACCAGAAACAUCAAAACGAGGUCACUCCACAGCCCUGCGUCCCUCUCUUUCAACCCACACUUUUGAUCCACAGACCUCAAGAGUAUGGAAGACCAACGUUUUCACAUAGUCGAAAACACUAGACGAAAAGUCAUUAUUACCCCCAUGUAUCUGCUUAUUUACGGAUACGUUUACUGUCGGACGCGUAUCGGGCAGUCUCCGGCAGUCUCCAGCCUUUUCCGGCCAUACCAGCGCGUACCCGGUGCCUUGUAGGUUCAUAAUUUGUGCUGGGAUACGCUGGAAACGCGUCGGAAACGUCAGGAAACGUGUCCGUAAAUAAACUGGAACGUGGGGGCGUUACUGACAUUUCACCUUAGUGUAAUUAGUGUUCAGCUGCUGCUUCUGCUCUCUUGGCAAAACGCAGUGUCGCUUCUCCAGUUUUCUCCUUCUCUUCUUGUUCUUCUUCG